UGGUUGGACAGUGCGACAAAGACCACGUCAUGUUUGGCUCUGGUCUCGCUCUGGUGCACUCGGCCAUGCGUACUAGUGACCAGGCUGCAUCAUGCCGACCGGUGUUUGGAAAAUCACCGUUGUUCAUUUCACCACCAUAAUCGGCAUCUUCUGCAGUAUCCGUAACGAUGUGAAUCCAGGGGAUAAUCUAAACAUUCCGGCAAUCGCCAAAUAUUUCACCACGAAAGGGAGGUACGAGGAGGUGAACCCGCAUCUCAUUGACGACAUACUUGCUGUAAACACAUCGAUUUUGCAGCCUCCGUCGACACAAUGUCGAGAAAUCCAUCUGACUGCCAUCAUAAGACACGGCACAAGGUACCCGACGGUCAAAAACAUCAAGAAGAUGCGGAAGUUUUACGAGUUGGUCAAGAGCAGCGCCGCAGGAGAAGCCAGUUGGCUGCGGGAAAUCCAGACUCAGUGGAAAAUGUGGUACACUGAGGACAUGGACGGCAGACUGGCACAAAAAGGUGUGGAGGAUCACAAGCAUUUGGCCAUCAGGCUGUCAAAGCUGUUCCCCACAAUGAUUUCAGAGGAGAAUCUCCGAGGUGGAUUCAUCCAGUUCAUAACCAGCUCAAAGCACAGGUGUGUCAACAGCACGCUGUCCUUCAAGGCAGGACUGACAGAGCUGUGGGCUAUUACAGAUAAGGAGUUUGACCAUGCAGUGAAUGAUGCCCUGAUGAGGUUUUUUGACCAGUGCACCAGGUUUGUACAGGAAGUCGAUAACAACCCCUCUGCUCUGUCAGAGAUGGACAAGUUCAAGCAGGGACCAGAGAUGAGGAGAGUCCAGGAGAAGAUCGCAGACCGUCUCAGAGUCCAGUACAGUCUCAUCACAGAUGAAAUGGCCGAAGCUGCAUUUUACUUGUGUGCUUAUGAGUUUGCCAUCAAGACUGUGAACUCUCCCUGGUGUCAGCUCUUCGAUGUGGUCGAUGCACAGGUAAUGGAGUACGCAAAUGACCUAAAGCAGUUCUGGAAAAGAGGCUAUGGUUACGAUAUUAACAGCAAGUCGAGCUGCAUCCUCUUCCAUGAUGUGUUCAGUCGACUGGACAAAGCAGCCAGCGAGAACAAGUCAGGCCAGAAGGUGAGUGAGACUGUGACAGUCCAGAUUGGCCAUGCAGAGACCAUCCUGCCUCUGCUUACCCUCCUGGGCUUCUUCAAGGACAGCAAUGUCCCGACAUCCACCAACUACGCCACACAGACCCAGCGCUCCUUCCGCACCAGCCGCAUGUUACCCUACGCAGCUAACUUUCUCCUGGUGUUGUACGACUGUGGGGGAGGAGACCUGAGACUGCAGCCGCUGCUCAAUGAAAAGCCUGUGACUUUUCCCGGUUUGAUUGACCGGGGAAGCUACAUGCCGCUCUAUGAGGACGUCAAAGAGAACUACAGGGAACUGCUCCAAGGCUGUGACUUUGAGACUGAGUGUCAGUUGUUUAAGCAUCCUGCUGAGGUUUAGGCAGAGAUGGUAAAUUCUGGAAAAUAAGGCACUGAAGUGGCUUUAUUGAUUCUGAUUUGCCAGAUGGAGUGAAAAUUGUGGUCCUCAUGCAAACAUCUUAGCCUGAAUGCUUCCCUGGUGUAACCCAAGAGCUGUGAUUUUUAGCAUUUAGCAUUUUUAGUGUUUUUCACUGCCUUUGUCUUAUACCUGAGAAUAGUCAGACGGGGUGCCUUCAUUACAGUAUUACUAUUUCUGUAUUGCUUAUUUGCAUUUUUUGGAAUGUUUGCACACAGUAGAAUAGGAAUUAAACAAUGUAUUUUUGCUGUGUA